AUGAUUCGGAUAGCUCGGCUUGGAAUGUCUUCAACCAAGAAACAAGCCACUUUGGCGAAAUUCUUCAGUUCUAGAAAGAGAGACGAAGAUGAAGCGCUUCAAAUGGAAGAUUCGGUCAAAAAGCACCAAGUCAAUGCGAUUGAGACUGCCCAAAAGCAGCCAAAACUCGAGGAAAACCCUCCAGCCUCCCAUGAUGAUUCGCCGUCACCUUUGGUUUCGUUAGAAGCCAGCAAACCGGUGAUCAAAAAUGAUAUCAAAGAUGCCCCCGCAAUCGUCCCAACAGCCCCGAAAGAUUCUAAAAUCCUUUACUCGCAAAUUUGCAACGUCUUCAAUGAGAUUGAGAAUACUUCCUCGAGGUUGCAAAUUGUCAAAUUGUGCGGCGAUUUCCUAUAUUCCGUGCUGGUCAAGACUCAGAAAGAUUUGGUGCCCAUCACCUACCUACUGAUCAAUAAACUUGGUCCUGAUUAUCAGCCGGGCCUAGAAUUAGGCCUUGGUGAAGGCCUGCUGAUGAAAACCAUCAGUGAGAGUUGCGGCAAAUCGUUGGCACAAGUGAAAGCUCGCUACCGAGAAUUGGGUGAUCUCGGUCGCAUAGCACAGGAAGCUCGAGCCGUUCAACCUACAAUGUUCAAACCUAAGCCAUUGACGACCGGAGAGGUAUUCUCAAACCUUCAAGCCAUUGCGAAAUCCCAAGGCAAGGACUCACAGUUACGAAAAGUGCAACUGAUUAAGAAGAUGCUUACGGCAUGCGAAGGAGUAGAGGCAAAAUUUCUGAUAAGGUCACUAGAGGCAAAACUUAGAAUCGGACUUGCUGAAAAAUCGGUUCUGGUCGCGCUGUCAAAAGCUCUUUUGACGCACGAACAUAACGGCAAAGAGCCCUCAAGUCAAUUGGUGGAUGCCGCCGAGCAGAAAAUUCGGGAUGCUUUUUGCCAGGUGCCCAAUUAUGAAAUCGUCAUUAAAACAGCGUUGGAACAUGGUAUAAUGAACCUAGACAAACACUGCGUGUUAACGCCAGGAAUUCCUCUGAAACCAAUGCUGGCCAAACCUUCCAAAUCCAUUUCAGAGGUUCUCGACCGUUUCCAAGGGCAGAGAUUUACAUGCGAGUACAAGUACGACGGUGAAAGAGCUCAAGUUCAUCUGCUACCAGAUGGGACGAUGCGAAUUUACUCCAGAAAUGGUGAAAAUAUGACUGAAAGAUAUCCUGAGAUUAAUAUUGGUGACUUUAUCGCUGACAAGGUUAACACGCACACGCUUAUCCUUGACUGUGAAGCAGUCGCGUGGGACAAAGAAAAGAACACAAUUCUACCCUUUCAAGUUUUAAGUACACGGAAACGGAAGGGCGUCGUUGCCGAGGACGUGAAAGUGCGCGUUUGCCUAUUUGCAUUUGACAUUUUAUGCUAUAACGAUGAGCCCUUGAUUAACAGACCACUGGCUGAGCGGCGCGAAUACCUCGAACGGGCUCUGAAACCUGUUCCCGGGGAGCUGCAAUUCGCAAGUGAGGUCACCACCAUGAGUCUCGAAGAAAUGCAGCAGUAUCUGGACCAGUCCGUCAAGGACGCAUGCGAGGGUCUGAUGGUCAAGUCCCUAGAUGGCGAGGACUCGCACUACGAGCCCAGCAAAAGAUCGCGCAAUUGGCUGAAGCUAAAGAAGGACUAUCUACAAGGCGUUGGAGACUCGUUAGACCUGUGUGUGCUAGGUGCGUAUUACGGUCGCGGCAAGCGUACUGGUACUUAUGGAGGUUUCUUACUGGGCUGCUACAAUCAAGACAGCGGCGAGUUUGAGACCUGCUGCAAAAUCGGAACCGGUUUCUCAGACGAGAUGCUCCAAAAGCUAUACGACGAAUUGAAACCCACCGAAAUCAAAGACCCCAAAGCCUUUUUCGUGUUCAGCGAAAGUGCGCCUCCCGACAUCUGGUUUGAGCCAACGAUGCUGUUCGAGGUUCUUACUGCCGAUCUAUCACUGUCGCCCGUUUACAAGGCCGGUAGCAGUUCUUACGACAAGGGCAUUUCUCUUCGUUUCCCGAGGUUCAUACGUAUCAGAGACGACAAGAGUGUUGAAGACGCAACGUCGUCCGAGCAAGUGAUAGAAUUCUAUGAAAGCCAGGCCCAUCUGAAGUAG